AUGAAGAAUAAAUGUGGAGACAAAAGUUUUAAAACCUGCUAUGCUUCGUGUUUUUGGGAGAACUUGAUCAUAAUAAUUGCAAAUGUUCACAUCAUGGAUUUGAUGGCGGACUUUGUCUUCGGCAAAUCUAUCUACCACGUUAUUCCAUGGAUAACUAGAUGGGUUUCUAAUCGCGAACGACUUUCUGAGGUAAUUUUUAUGGGAUUUUACAUUUCCUUGCUUCCAUUUUCAAUCUAAUCUAUAAAUCUUGUUUUAACCAGCUCAAAAACUACGAUUAAAGUAAAGUUAAAAACCAUAUUGUUACAGGAAAUGUUGUGUGUAACCGAUACCAUGCUCAACGAUACCUCUACGCCAGUUGUUUUCAUUGACUUUGAUUACAAAGCGUUCUACCUCACCUUGACAACAUUUGUUUUGUAUUUUGGUGGAGUAGCAAUUGGAUGUGCUUUGUGUCUUAUUACUUUGAUCAAAACAGUUAUUACGUUAUACUCAGUGGGAAGAGAUCGCUCUCUAACAUACGACAUUGAGGAGUUUGAUCAGUACAGUAAAAGAAAUACAAGUUGGGUUGAUUUGGAUUUGAAGUACAUGAUCUCAACUCUCGAUGACAAAGAGAAGAAUUUGAUGAAGAUGACAAUUCAGGAGUUCUUGGCCGGAGAGCAGGAAGAUGAUCUCCGCAAACCGAUUCUUGAUAUUCGUGUUGACUCUAACUAUUAA